CUAGUUUUUUCGUUGGUAUUAUAUAGUAUUUUCUGUUUCGAUAAAUGUAUUCGAUAUCUUGAUUUGCUAAUUGGCAUAGUGACACAGUGACAGGUCGCAACAAUGUCGUCCGUUGGAGACUCCGAAAAUCCAUUUGCAGCUUUGUUGCAGGGGAGUACCGAGGCCAAUGGUGUAUCCAAGCAGCUGAUCGAAUCUAUUUUGCUCUUUACACUAAGCAAAGAUGUGGACACUAAUCGCAAUAAGACGAUACUAUGUUUGGCCGAUGUCGUUGUUGCCGACAAUAGCAGUGAGGACACCCUUUGCAUUGAUCUGCUGGCACAUGCUCUAUUCGAACGAUUGAUGCUGGACGAUACUGCGAAAUAUCUGCUGCCAGCUGAACAGGUAAAUCAAAGGCAGCAGGAGCAGGCGCUGGAGAGUCGGGCCAUGAUCUAUCUACACGGUGCGUUCGCCAGAUGGGAGCAAAUGCAGCGCACUUGCAGUAUGCAAGACAAAAAGCAUGGCAAUCAAAUAAUUGACCUAAUUUUAAACAAUGCCAGCACUUGCAUGCGCCAGCCAGAUCUGUUUGCCUCCCAAUCCUUCUCCGGCCAGUGGCUGGAGUUAUUCGAACAGGCGGACGAGCAUGAUACUAGCACGCAGGAGUUUCUGGUGCGUGUUGCGGAUAAGGUGCUAGAAGAUGUUGAACCUCUGGAAGCGCUGGGCGCUCUCAAGGCCAUUUUUUACCCCAUGCUAAGUGAUCUGCAAAAACAACUGGCCAAGGACAAUUUGAUCACAAUACGAAAGAAUAUAUUCUGGAUUUUUGGUUUCUUUGUGCGCGAGAAGCGCGCUGGUAUGCUCGGUGAACUGCUCAUUGAUUUCACAACACCCAAUCCAAGGGCAAAAGGUGGCGAGUAUAUGGAUACACUCUUUGGCCAAUUGCUGUGCAUGUCAAUUAUGCCCAAGACACAAACGGCGCCCUAUGAAUUCUUUCGCGAUAUUUCAUUGAUCUCGCAGCAAUCGGAUCCCACGCUCUGGCAACUGCUAGCACAUCAUCAGCAGGCCAUGUUCACGCUGAUCAAACAGCUACUGGUUCAAUCCUCCACAACCAAGAAAAAGACACUGCAAUGGAUUGCCAAUUGUCUAGAUGCAAAUGUGGCGCGCGGACAUUUAUGGAGCACCAUCAACUUAAACUUGGAGCAGACCGUGCAUAGCACAGCCAGCGAUGCAUUUAUGACUAGCCUCAGCGCCGUGCUGAUGCGUCUGUGUGCACCGCUCUGUUCACCUGCCCUGAAGGUGCUUUUGGUAGAUCCCACAUACUGCGCUGUUUCAGACGCAAUGGAACGCCAUACGAAGGGCGUUAACAUGCUGAAAGCGUUCGAGGAGACAUGUCUGCUGCCUGUGGGCGAGGGAGAAGAGCGCUUAACAGCCGAUAAGUAUAAUUUUAUCUCCGAAAUCUUCUAUAUGACGCACAAGGCAUUCGAGCUGGGCAAUCGAGCGUGCAUUGAGCGGUUGACUCACAUGAUGCGUGAGCUGCAGAACACUCAAACCGCUUACCAAGAUGUGGCAGCCAGUGAUCCCAACAAUGAUUUAACUAAGAAUCUGUUUCGCAUGCUGCAGGAUCAGAUGCAGCAGGUACUUUGCAUACGCAAUGGUUUGGCUGAGCCAGAAAAUGAUACAGCGACACUGAAGUUCUUUGAGGCUUCGGCUAUUUGGCUGACGGAAAUUGCAAUGCUACCACGCGAAUGCUACGAAGCGGGACUGGACAAAAAGGACUUUGCGCCGCAAUUGUUGCGCAAUCUGGAACUCUUGUCGGAAACGCCGCCGUUCGUGGCGCCGUACAUGAAGUCGGUGCCAGAGAAUAUCAUCGAUAACAUAGCUGCAUAUUUGAAUUUCUGUCGCAGCUUUCCGGGUGAUCAGUUUAUACAAUUGCACACCAGCUCACACGAUGCGUUCUUUAAGAUGAUUCUGUUGUUUAUGGGCAGCUCGGAGCUGGUGAAGAAUCCACAUUUGCGCGCCAAGCUGGCGGAUGCUUUAGAAUUUCUAUUACCCUCACAGAUGUCCGGCAGCAACCGCAAGGCAUUCAAUACGCACGUCUUCGACAGCCACCCGGAUCGCUUGCAGGUGGUGCGCAGUCUGUUAAAUGUGUUUGUCAGCAUCGAAAUGACCGGGCAAUCGGUGCAGUUUGAGCAGAAAUUCAACUACCGUCGCCCCAUGUACGCUAUCAUGGAGUUCCUUUGGACCAAGGAGGAGCACGUUGAGUGCUUCAGACAACUGGCCAAGGAUGCCGAAGACAGCAUGGAGGCUAUUGAACCGCCGAUAUUCUUGCGCUUCAUCAACCUGCUUAUCAAUGAUGCUAUAUUCUUGUUGGACGAGUCGCUCUCUAAUCUGGAGCAAAUCAAGCAGCUGCAACAGGCUCAGGACAAUGGCGAAUGGAACAACUUGUCGCACAAUGAGCGACAACAGCAGACCACCAAUUUGCAUCAUCUGGGCAUGCUGGCACGCUUUGACAAUAUACUGGGUCGCGAUACCAUCAAUCUGCUGAAGCUGCUGACUAGCGAGAUCAAGAGCAUCUUCUGCCACAACAGCAUGGUGGAUCGUAUUGCGGCAAUGUUGAACUACUUUCUAUUGCAUUUGGUGGGACCACAGCGUGAGCGGUUCAAGGUUAAGGACAAGAAGGAGUUCGAGUUUGAUCCAGCACAAAUGGUGCUUGAGAUAGCGCACAUCUAUAUAAAUCUAAGUACAGACAACACCUUCUGCCUGGCUAUUUCCCAAGAUGGACGCUCCUAUAGCGAUCAGCUCUUUGGCUAUGCCGAAAACAUCUUAAUACGCAUUGGUGGUGGUCAGCUUAUUGGUGACAUGGCCGAGUUUGCGGCCAAGGUGCAGAAAAUGGGCAACGAUUACAAGGAGGAGCAAGAACUGCUGGCCGAUGCACCCGAAGAGUAUCUGGAUCCGAUUAUAUCAACGCUCAUGACCGAUCCGGUGGUGCUGCCCAGUUCCAAUGUGACCGUGGAUCGGUCCACAAUUGCCCGCCAUUUACUGAGCGAUCAAACCGAUCCCUUCAAUCGCGAACCCCUCACCAUGGACAAGGUCAAGUCGAAUGAAGCGCUCAAGCUAGAGAUUGAGCAAUGGAUCGAGGGCAAACGCAGUGCGGCGCGUGUCAAAGGUUGAAAAGUCAAACUGGGCUAGGGCAAACGCGCUUAACCAAAGAAUUAGCUCGUUUUUGGGGGUAAUCGGAUUAGGCUUUAGUUUAAUGUAAUUUUCUUUCCUAACAAUUCCAGUU